AUGCUUCAGAUACUUACUAAAGUAUUUAGAAACAACACGAUCAUUCCUGCUCAAGCUUCUCUUACAUUAAAACUGUGUGAGUUGGGCUGGCUGUUCAUUCAGGUUGAUGAGUUUUCAGAGAGGCAAGGUGGUGUGAAGGAAUAUGGUUUAGUGGGACAAAGUUUUGUUACAGCACUGAGGGAAGAGUUGGCUGAAUACUACCAGCUUCUUUCUGUAUUAGAAGCAGAGGCCCGUGAUGGUAGGUUGACCCUGCUACAGCUGUGUGUCUGGGCAGCUGAACCAAUGAAAAGAUUGAAGCUGUUGGUUGAGCUGGUCACAGCUGCUGGAACAUGCCGUGGUGGAAGCUUAGCCAGUUGUAUAUAUGCUUUUAUAAACCAUGGAGACCCUAAAUUGAAUGUAUGCGUGAGUACUCUCCUAACAGCAGCAUGUAGACCACUGUAUACAAUGCUUAUCCGUUGGAUCUUAGAUGGGAGCCUGGAGGAUCCACAUCAGGAGUUUUUUAUUGCUAGCGAACCAGGGAUACAGGGAGAGGCAUUGUGGCACCACAAGUAUACAGUACGGAAGAGUAUGAUACCAAGAUUCAUAUCUCUAGAAUGGAGCAGGAAAAUUUUAUCAACAGGAAAAUCGAUAAAUUUUCUGCGAAGCGUUUGCUUGGAUAAUUCUCCUCUACUAGGUAGACAGAAAAUAAUUGCAAGAUUAGAGGAAACUGAUCCUGCCAGUUUAUUCUCCUGUGACGUAGAUAAUCCUUUACUUGAGGUUGCUGGUGACGCCUUCAGACAGACGGGUCAGCAUGUUCUUGACAUUAUGUUUAAUAAAUUUAAGUUUAUGUCUCAUCUUGCAGCACUCAGGAAAUAUUUACUUCUAGGCCAGGGGGAUAUAAUGAGAUACUUACUCGACCUUCUGGAUACAGAACUAUCCCAGCCAGCUACCGAACUAUAUCCACAUAAUCUAGCUGGGAUAUUGGAGACUGCUAUCAGAUCAACGAACACACAGUACGAGGAUACAGAUAUUCUGGAGAGACUUGAUGUUCGACUUUUAGAGAUUCAACCUGGAGAUUCAGGGUGGGAUGUGUUCUCAUUAGAUUAUAAGGUGAGCGGGCCUAUUGGAGUAGUGUUUACCCCGGAUAUAAUGACAAGAUAUCUAAUGCUGUUCAACACACUGUGGAGAGCUAAACGUAUGGAAUGGGUUCUAUCUGGAGUCUGGAGAAAACUAGCGUAUAUACAGAAGAUAAGCCGUGAACUGACUGAGCUCCGUCCAGUUUUACAUCACGCAAACUUAAUUGCGAGUGAGAUGAUACAUUUCGUUCAUCAGAUGGCGUACUACAUUACAUUCGAGGUUAUGGAAUGUGGAUGGGAUACUCUAGUAAAACAGAUUGAUACAGCUGAAACUUUAGAGGAUGUUAUUCAGGCUCAUGAAGAAUUCCUUUCCACCAUCAUAUCCCGGGCUCUAUUGGAUCAUAGAACUAUAGAGAUAAGAAACCAGUUGCGAACCAUCUACGACCGUAUUCUUGAGUUCCAAAAUAUUCAGGAGAAACUUUAUCAGGAAGCAGUUUCAGAGAUUGAAUCCCGACACACCUAUGAAGCUCUGGUAGCAGCUAGAACUGGGACAGGAGAAUAUGGAACUGAUCAAGAACAGGAGAACAAGGAGACAGACAGGAGAAAGGAGUUUAUCAAGGGAAAGCUGGGAGCUGCAAAAGCAAAUCUAAGAAUUGUCUCACUCAGUUAUCAGGAUAUGGUUCGAACCUUCCUUUUCCAGCUGACCUGCAGCAAUGAUGACAGUUUACAAGGAUUAUCUUUCAGAUUAGAUUUCAACCAGCACUAUAAGAAGAAAGAUAGUCGAUUAUCUAGACCUCUCACCUUCUCUCAUAGACGAAUGACAGGUCUAAACGGGUCUCUUACCGGAAGUCAGAUGUCCUAUAUUGAAUGACAGGCAGACUCAGACGAGAAUUCUAUUUCCGGUGUACAAGACGGAUACUCCACUUCCGGUGGACAAACUUACACUGCUUCCAAUCCUGAGACAGAAGAUGGAUCCAACUCUGAAUCUUGGUGAACAAUUAAUCUGGUUUGAUACCAGACAAAUAGUUCUCUCAUAUAACAAAUACAAUUUCGAUAGAUUA